AGAAAGGGAGCAUGUGGAGGUGGAACCAGACCUCUCUGGAGGACUUCAUCCUUCAAGGGCUCUUUGAUGACUCCUUCAACCACUUUUGUCUUUUCCUCCUGAUCAUGCUGGUCUUCCUUACUGCAGUGAGUGGCAACAGCCUUACCAUCCUCCUCAUCUGCGCCGAUCCCCGUCUUCACACACCAAUGUACUUCCUGCUCAGCCAGCUGUCCCUCAUGGAUCUGAUGCACGUCUCUACAACCAUUCCCAAGAUGGCUAACAACUACCUGUCUGGCAAGAAGUCCAUCUCGUUUGUGGGCUGUGCCACCCAGCACUUCCUGUACCUGUCUCUGGGUGGUGCAGAGUGUCUCCUCCUGGCCCUCAUGUCCUAUGACCGCUAUGUUGCCAUCUGCCACCCCUUGAGGUACACUGUGCUCAUGAGCAAAAGAGUGGGAGUGAUGAUGGCUGCCAUGUCAUGGCUGAGUGCAUCUGUGAACUCCCUAAUCCACACAUCCAUCUUGAUGAGCUUCCCUUUUUGUGGUUCAAGAAUCAUCCACCACUUCUACUGUGAAUUUCCAGCUGUUUUGAAGUUGGUGUGUGGGGACAUCACUGUGUAUGAGAACACAGUCUAUAUCAGCACCAUUAUUCUUCUCCUCCUCCCCAUCAUCCUUGUCUCUACAUCCUAUGGAUUCAUUCUCCACAGUGUCAUUCAGAUGCGUUCAGCUGGGGGUAAGAGAAACGCUUUUGCUACAUGUAGCUCACAUCUCCUUGUGGUUUCCCUUUGGUUUGGUGCCUGCAUAUUCUCCUAUAUGAGGCCCAGGUCCCAGCGCACUCCAUUGCAAGACAAAGUUGGUUCUGUUUUCUAUAGCAUCAUUACUCCCACCCUGAAUCCUCUUAUUUAUACUCUGAGGAAUAAGGAUGUUGCUAAGGCUCUGAAGAAAGUGUUGAGGAGAGAUAUUCUCAUCUAGUGACUACUGUUGUAGUUUUUCAGAAUAUAUACUUGAAUAGGAUUUUCCUUAAACUGAUUUGAGCAGAUUCCUGUUGCUUUUUGACUAGCACAUCAAUAACAUGGAUAAUCUGUAACUCUACUAUUGUAGUAUGAUUUCCAUCGUGCAAACUGAUAGAAUAACUGUGCUGCCAUCUUUGACCCUGAACAUGAACUCUUUGUUCUAAGAUUGGCACAGAGUAUUCUACAAAACAUUCUAAGUGCUUGAAUUCAACCACACCACAAUAACCAAUGCCUUCAGAGAAAGAGGAAACUUGGCCACCUGUCUGGUGAUAUAUUGUGUACCCCAAUAAAGCUUGUCUGGGGAUCAGAGGACAGAGCCAGCUACUAAAUUAGACAUAGAGGUCAGGCCGUGGUGGCACACACCCUUAAUCCUGUCACUCGGGAGGCAGAGAUCUGUCUGGAUCUAUGUGAGUUCAAAGCCACACUGGGAACAGAGCUAGGUGUGGUGGCACAAGCCUUUAAUCCCAGCACUAGGAAUGAAGGAAGAUUGCAGGGCACAGAAAGUUAUAUAAGGCAUAAGUAAACAGGAAGUCUCUCUCUUGGGGGUGAGG